AUGGGCUCCGCGCCCUUUGCAUAUGCUCGUUGCAAGAUCAAGGCAUUACGCGCCAAGACCAACACGUACAUCAAGACGCCAGUGAGAGGGGAGGAGCCCGUCUUUGUCGUCACUGGUCGCAAAGAGGAUGUAGGGAUGGCGAAGCGCGAGAUCCUGUCGGCGGCCGAGCACUUCAGCCAGAUCCGCGCGUGCCGCAAGAACAACCUGAACGGGUCCAUGGCGCCCGGCCCGCCCACCAACGUGCCCGGCCAGGUGACCAUCCAGGUGCGCGUGCCGUACCGCGUGGUGGGGCUGGUGGUGGGCCCCAAGGGCGCCACCAUCAAGCGCAUUCAGCAGCAGACUCACACGUACAUCGUCACGCCGUCGCGGGACAAGGAGCCCGUGUUCGAGGUGACGGGCCUGCCGGAGUCCGUGGAGCAGGCCAGGAAGGAGAUCGAGGCACACAUCGCCAUGCGUACGGGCGGCCUGCUGGACCAGGACGAGCCCAACGCAGCGGCCGCGGCGCGCCACCACGCCGACUUCCCCCCGCCCACGCACGGGCUCGACAACCUCUUCAACCCCCCUUCCUCAGAGCUGGUCUCGUCCCUCUACAAGCUCAAUAAUUCCUCGCUCAACGGACUUGCCUCCAUCAACGGCAUCGCCAACAGCGCAGGUCUGAACGGUCUCACCAAUGGUCUCAGCAACGGUCUCUCCAGCGGCUCCAGCCUCAACGGCAUCAACGGCCUGAACAGUCUCAGCGGCAGCGGUCUGAACAACUCGCUGAACGGCAUGAAUCUGAACAACACACUGAACAGCCUGAACACGCUGAACCAGCUCAACGACCUGAACUCCGCCUUCACGCUGCUCGGAGGAGACACCGGGUCUUCCCUCCUUGGCUCGUCGAACAAGGGCGGCAGCACCUUGGACUCGUCCCUGUUCUCCUCCUUCAGCGGCGGCGUCGGCAACACCAAGCUGGGGAGCGACGUGUCCGGCAGCGGCAGCGGCGGCCUCGGCCUGUACGGCGUGGACGAGGGCCUGGGCUCGCUGGGCUCCUCCAUGGGCUCGUCGCCCUCCUUCGACCCAGCUCCCCCCAGCAUUUGGGGCGAGCUCAGCCGGCCUCUGGGCAACAACAUGAGCUCCACCGUCAGCUCCAGUUCCUCCCUCAGCUCGACCUUCUCGUCGCUGUCCUCCACGUUGUCCUCGUCCCUGACACGCAGGUCGUCGUCAGUGUCCGGAGCGUCCCCGCCCUCCUCCAGGCUGUCCCCGUCGUUAGAGUCCCACCCUCCCGCGAGGCGCAUCAGCUCCGACCCGGCCCCGGGACUCGCGGCCGCGCCCUCGCUCGCAUCGCUCAACUCGGCCCUCUCCGGAGGCCUGGGGGGACUACCUACCUCCUCUCCCUCCUCAUCCUCACCAGCUUCCACCCCCGAUCUCACGCAGCAGCUGAGCGCCUUCCAGUCGGUGCCCGGGCUGACGUCGGCGCCCGCCACCUCCACGGCGACCACCACCAUCGCCAGCAUGAACGGCCUCAUGAACGGCAUGGACGAGAAGAAGAGGUGCGUCACGUGCUGCGAGUCCGAGGUGGUGGCCGCGCUCGUUCCCUGCGGCCACAACCUCUUCUGCCUGGACUGCGCCAACAAACUCAAGUCCGAGGCGUCCGAGUGCCCCAUCUGCCGCAUGAAGGUCACUCACGCCAUCCGCAUCUUCUCGUAACGCGCCACCGCGUCACAGGCGGCAACGUCUCAGCAAGUACAUUGCAACAAGCCAAUGCGGCGCUCAUGGGCAUCUCGGCCCUCUAACUACCCCACCACCGGCUUAUAUAGAGUAUAUUAGUCCUUAUAUAUCUGCAGAUUGAAGAGUAUUAUCUUUAAAAUCAAUCAUUAAAUUUUUUAUUCAAGUAGUGUGAAGAUAUUUUUAUUUCAUUUUCACUUGGAAUGUAAGGCAUUUUUAUUGGUGUGCGUCGGGCGACAGUAUGGCCCCGGGCAAGGUGUUCGUCCGGUGGCCGAGCCGUCGGUGCUGGUGGCGCGAGUCCUUCAAGUCAGAGUGGAGAACAGCUGUCGCUAGGCUGUGAUAGGCAGGCCAGCGCCGCGCUCGCUCGCUCGCUGCACUCGCUGCCCGCCAACAACUGCCAGGGGGGGUCGACGCCCCCUCUCCGAUCUCCCACUGUUUCCUGGGUACUCAGGUCGGCUCGGGCUGGGCCGGGCGGACCGAGGGUGCCGACGGCGUGGCGCUAGACAACCCCCCACCCGCUCACCCAGAUCUGAAUCAUCCGCCCGCACGCCCGCACGCCCGCCCCUCCCAGCCCCGAGGCCGCCUCACAACGAAUGCUACAUAUCCUUCUCGAACACUCUACGUGAGCGUGACAGCCGCCCACCAACCAGCCCGCCGCCCGCACGCCGGCCCGCCCCAGCGACACAUGGACGGAGUGCGGGAGGCUCGGUGGCCAGUGGGUAGUUGGGGAAGGCACCAGGAGCAGGGAACAACAACCACCACCACCACAACCACCACAGUAACAACAACAGUAACAUGACCACCAACACCGCAGUCCCGAUGUCAACAGCAGACAGACAACCUCGCGAGGCCGGCCCGUCCGCGGCCGCCGCCUCGUCGAACCACCCGAACGAUCGACUCGUGCCUUGAUCCCGUCACACCUGUUACCAUAGUUCGACCCACUGCCUCACCCACGCCCACACGCCCAUGCCGACUAAUGUCCUUCCCUCACACCGACACCCAUCCAGCAUCCCACUCACUCGCCCGCCCCGACCCCCAUUAGAUCCAGUCACCUUAGAACAUCCCCAUGACCCGCCCAUCCACCCACCCACCCACAUCCAUAGCCUUCUGGAACCCACCACCCACCACCACCACCUCCUCGAAGAUGGAACAUCCUCAUCAGCCAAGAAAGGUGGGCGUGUGUGUCUCUCGAGGAACGACGCCGAAGUUCGCCUCCGUCUCUCGCGCCGCCCACACGCAGACGACCCCCACACGACCCCCAACAAGAAA